UCGCGUAUUUGCUUAAACCAGUUCGGUCGCUCUGUUAUCGGAACAAUUGAAGUCACCAUCAUGUCUGACGAUAGCGGUAACGAUGAAGUUGAAGUGAAGAGAGUGUUCAUUGGAGCAGGAUGCAACAGAGUAGUGAAUAACGUCUCAUGGGGCGCCUGCGGAUUGGUCUCUUUUGGUGCCCAAAACGCUGUUGCCAUUUUCUGCCCUAAGAGUGCACAGAUUUUAACUACGCUUCCGGGUCACAAGGCCUCUGUUAACUGCACCCAGUGGCUUCCAAGUAGCAAGUUUGCAUUUAAAGCUAAACAGAUAGAGCGGCAUUACCUGCUUUCUGGAGAUGCUGAUGGCUCCAUUAUUCUUUGGGAAUUCUCUCUUGUUGACAAGAAGUGGAGGCAGAUGUUACAAUUACCAAAAUCACACAAAAAGGGUGUCACUUGCAUUUCUGGAAUAAUGGUUUCUCAAGCUGAUGCAAUAUUUGCAUCCAGUUCUUCUGAUGGUCUAGUUCAUAUAUGGGAAUUGGUCCUUCUAUCUGCUCCUGGAGGUGAUGUCAAGUUGUCAUGUCUGGAGUCUCUCUCGGUUGGAUCAAAGUCUAUGGUGGCACUUUCAUUAGCAGAGUUGCCUGGAAGUUUGGGGCAUAUAGUUCUUGCAAUGGGGGGAUUAGACAACAAGGUUCAUCUUUACUGCGGGGAGAGGACAGGAAAGUUUGUUCAUGCUUGUGAGUUGAAAGGGCAUACAGAUUGGAUACGAAGUUUGGACUUCUCACAUCCUGUGUGCACUGAUGGUGAAGCAGACAUCAUUCUGCUUGUAAGUUCGUCACAGGACAAAGGCAUUCGUAUAUGGAAAAUGGCCCCGAGAGGUUCUUUAGCCAACACCCAAGAUGCAAAAGAAAUAAGCCUAGCUUCUUAUAUCAAAGGUCCAGUGGUUGUGGCUGGCUCUUUCUCUUAUCAAAUAUCCUUGGAGUCUCUUAUAAUUGGACAUGAGGAUUGGGUGUACUCAGUGGAGUGGCAUCCCCCUUCAUCUUCCCUUACAGAAGAGCUUGCUUGCCAUCAGCCCUUGAGCAUUUUGUCUGCAUCAAUGGACAAGACAAUGAUGAUCUGGAAACCAGAAAAGACAACCGGUAUUUGGAUGAAUGUAGUCACUGUUGGGGAACUAAGCCAUUGUGCUUUAGGGUUUUAUGGUGGCCACUGGAGCCCGGAUGGAGAUUCCAUUUUAGCGCAUGGAUACGGAGGAUCUUUCCAUUUGUGGAGAAAUGUUGUUACCGACAAAGAUAACUGGCAACCACAAAAAGUUCCAUCUGGGCACUUUGCUGCAGUGACAGAUCUUGGAUGGGCGAGAUCUGGUGAUUACAUGUUGUCAGUCAGCCGUGACCAGACAACUCGUAUUUUUGCUUCAUGGAAAAAUGAAGCUUCACCUGCAGAUGAGGGUUUCUGGCAUGAGAUUGCUCGGCCUCAAGUUCAUGGUCAUGAUAUUAAUUGUGCGACCAUCAUCAAAGGAAAGGGGAACCAUCGUAUUGUCAGUGGAGCAGAUGAGAAAGUAGCUAGAGUAUUCGAAGCUUCUCUGUCUUUUCUUAAGACACUGAAUCAUGCCACUUCUCAGAGGUGUGGUUUUCCAGAAGACCUCCAAGUAGAUGUUCAGAUUUUGGGUGCAAAUAUGUCUGCUCUUGGGCUGUCACAAAAGCCUAUAUAUGUGAAUGCUGCGCAUGAGAGCCCUGAUAGAAAUGGAAAUGUUGGUAUGGACACCAUUGAAAGUAUUCCUGAUGCAGUUCCAGUUGUAUUAACUGAGCCUCCUAUUGAAGACAUACUGUCAUGGCAUACGCUAUGGCCAGAGUCACAUAAACUUUAUGGUCAUGGAAAUGAAUUGUUUUCUUUAUGCAGUGACCAUGAGGGAAAGCUUGUCGUUUCAUCGUGCAAGGCUCAGUCAGCAGCAGUUGCAGAAAUAUGGUUAUGGCAAGUGGGUUCAUGGAAAGCAGUUGGUUGCCUGCAGUCUCAUAGCUUAACAGUAACUCAGAUGGAAUUCUCUCAUGAUGAUAAUUUGCUCUUGGCUGUCUCAAGGGAUCGCCAAUUCUCAGUUUUCACAAUCAAAAGAACAGGUGAUGAAAUUAGCUACAACCUCUUGGCGAGACAAGAGGCGCACAAAAGAAUUAUAUGGGCUUGUUCGUGGAACCCUUAUGGUCAUGAAUUUGCAACUGGUUCAAGGGAUAAAACAGUGAAGAUUUGGGCAGUAGAUAAAGAGAAUACAGUUAAACAGAUCUCGAGUCUCCCUCAGUUCAGCAGCAGCGUCACGGCCCUCUCUUGGGUUGGUGUUGAUCGUCAGAGAAAUCGUGGGCUUCUUGCAGUUGGAAUGGAAACCGGACUCAUUGAACUCUGGAACCUCUCUGUCACAAGAACAGACGACGGUAGUAUAAAAGCACCAGCCCCUGCAGUGGCUGCGCGAUUUGAUCCAUUUAUUUGCCAUGUUUCCACAGUCAACCGUUUGGCUUGGAGAAAUGCUGAGAAGCAUGAAGACAGCAGGAGCGUGCAACUCGCCUCUUGUGGUGCCGAUCACUGCGUGAGAUUAUUUGAGAUAAUUGUUGAUUAAUCAGAUAAAAAUUAAUGUUGUAUCAACAGACAUCUUAAAUCCAUAUGACUGAUGGUUACUAGUUUCAUAGAACUGAAAUUCUUGGGCAGUUUUCUAUAGAUGAAUGUUCUUUGUUUGCCCAAACUCAUUAAAUCAUUGGUUCUGCAAUAGGUUUUUUCUUGUAAACUUCUUGCUUAGCGGGUGAGGAUUUGAUUGAUUAUAGGCCCUCUAUGACCCUAAUUUUCAACCUG